AUGGCUGGCGGAAAGAAGGACAGUCAGGCAACGGUUGGGUACAAUGAGCCUCUAUUUGGCUUCAUGCCACGAAAUGUUGGGGCAGCGCAGGUCCACAAGGCGAUGGAUGGAGACGUCAACCCCUUCACCAAACAACCCUUUAGCCAGGGCUACAAGAAGAUAAUGGCUAUGCGGAAGAAGUUGCCAGUAUACGCUCAGAUGGAGGAAUUUUACACCGUGUUCAGUAAACACCAGAUCAUCGUCAUGGUAGGCGAGACUGGCUCAGGAAAGACGACCCAAAUACCACAGUUCGUCGCAUACUCGGAUCUCCCUCAUACCAAGGGCAAGGUCGUGGCGUGCACUCAGCCGAGACGAGUAGCUGCAAUGUCAGUUGCGAAACGUGUUGCGGACGAAAUGGACGGUGAGUGUGUUCGUUCGAGGUCUUUGAAGUCAAUACAACUCGGGAAGCAAGUCGGUUACUCUAUCCGAUUCGAAGACAUGACCGAGCCUGGUACUACCUUCCUGAAAUACAUGACCGACGGUAUGCUUCUUCGAGAAGCCAUGAACGACCCCGACCUCAACCGCUAUUCGACCAUCAUCCUCGACGAAGCUCACGAACGAACCCUCGCCACCGAUAUCCUCAUGGGACUUCUUAAAUCUCUCGCCAAACGCCGCUCAGACCUCAAGAUCAUCAUCAUGUCCGCCACACUCGAUGCUCUCAAGUUCCAAAAAUACUUCACCAUUGACGACCCGGCCCCUUUGUUCAAGGUUCCCGGACGAACGCAUCCUGUGGAAAUCUUCUAUACGCAGGAACCGGAGCCUGAUUACGUGGAAGCGGCUAUCAGGACGGUGUUGAUGAUCCACAGAGCAGAGGAUGAGGGAGAUAUUUUGGUCUUCUUGACGGGUGAGGAAGAAAUUGAAGACGCGUGCAGAAAGAUCAAGCUCGAGGCGGACGACCUACAAAAUCAGGACCCAGACUCGGUCGGACCGCUUAUCUGCAUCCCUCUAUAUUCAUCCCUUCCACCCCAGCAACAACAGCGUAUCUUCGACCCACCACCAAAAGGACGUGCCGAAGGAGGCCCUCCAGGUCGUAAAGUCGUCGUAUCGACCAACAUCGCCGAGACGUCUCUUACGAUUGACGGUAUCGUGUAUGUCGUCGAUCCUGGGUUCUCGAAGCAGAAGGUCUAUAACCCACGGAUACGUGUCGAGUCGUUACUCGUCUCACCCAUCUCGAAGGCUUCAGCUCAGCAGAGAGCGGGGCGUGCUGGACGGACAAGGCCCGGGAAGUGCUUCAGAUUGUAUACCGAGAAGGACUUCAUGAAAGAACUGGAGGAGCAGACACACCCGGAGAUUUUGAGGAGCAAUUUAGCGAAUACUGUUCUAGAGUUGGUCAAGCUCGGGAUCAAGGAUUUGGUCCGGUUUGACUACGUAGAUGCACCUGCACCGGAGACGCUCAUGCGAGCCUUGGAAUUGCUCAAUUACCUCGCCGCCCUCGAUGACGAUGGUAACCUGACCCCACUUGGUGGUAUGAUGUCGGAUUUCCCACUGGACCCCCAGAUGGCCAAGAUGCUCAUCGUCAGCCCGGAGUUCAGGUGCAGUAACGAGAUUCUCACCAUCGUAGCCAUGCUUUCUGUACCAAACGUUUGGCUCCGUCCAAAUAAUCAGCGGAAAGAAGCCGACGCUGCCAAGCAGUUGCUCUCCGUCCCAGACGGCGACCAUCUCACGCUCUUGAACGUCUAUAAUGAAUACAUCAAUAACAAGCACGACAAAAAUUGGACUUGGACAAACUACCUCUCCGCCCGCUCCCUCGCACAAGCUGACAACGUUCGCUCCCAACUACAACGCAUCAUGGAACGCCACGACAUCGACUUCGUCUCGAUGCAGUACAAUGACCAACGGAAGCACUACGAAAAUAUCAGGCAGGCGCUCGUCGUCGCUCUGCAUCCAUCAUGCGGGCUGGACUCCUCACCAGAAUGGGUCAUCUUCAACGAGUUCGUACUGACAACAAGACCAUACAUCCGUGUCGUAACCGAUGUCAAACCCGAAUGGCUCCUGGAAUUGGCAUCAAGUUACUUUGACCUCAGCCAGUUCCCAGACAACGAGACGAAGCGCGCCCUUCUACGUGUCCUGAAGAAAAGAUCGGCGAAGUCUGCGAGCAGAGAACCAUCUGCGAAUGGCGAGGCGAGGGACAAGAAGCGACGGAAGGUCGUUGGAUGA